AAGAAAAUGGAUGAAUAAUAAAAUUUUCAAAUACACAAGCAAUCACUAAAAAUAAACCCUAAUCCCACGCCGCCGCCGCUCCCCCAAUUUCUUCAUCUCUACGUUGCGCCGCCGCUUUGUAUCGAAGACGAAGUCCGCCGCCGUCCGCUGGAACAUCGCUUCUUCCGCCGGUUGUUGCCGCCGCCGUCAUUCCAUUGUUCUUUCGCUUCUUCGGUAUUUUAGUGGCGAAAAAAUAAAAUAAAAUUGAAAAAUGAUUUGUGGCAGUGUAAGUGGGACCUACCGGUAGGGUAGGUUUUUGUAGGUUUUGUAGGUUGGGGUUUUGAAUAGUAAACGCACAGUAAACCCUUUGAUGCGGGAAUAAACCGCAGACGGUCAGGGUUUAGCAAUUUCCAGCCGAACUCAUGGCGGCUGAUCCUGAUUCAACGCCGGAAUAUGCAUCUGGUAGAACUUCCCCAGGCGUCGAAGGGCAGGGACUAACGUUGUCAGAAUGCGAGAAAAUGAUCCAGAGAAGUUUAAGAACUCCCAUGGUAAGAUUUCUUAGAGAGAAUAUCGAAAAAUCUGGAUGCAGUGUGGGAAGCAAUUUUAUUAAGGCCGUUGAUUGCGGAACUGCUGGAGCAGCAGGUGGUUAUGUCCGCGGUGAAGGGAUAACCGUAUGCUACAAUAAUGUGCAAUUCCAAGAUGAGGUGACUCAGACUAUAACUCAUGAGCUAGUUCAUGCUUAUGAUGAAUGCCGUGCUGCUAAUUUGGACUGGAACAAUUGUGCUCAUCAUGCCUGCAGUGAAAUUCGAGCUAAUCAUGUCAGUGGUGAUUGCCAUUAUAAAAGGGAGUUACUACGUGGCUUUUUUAAGAUAGGGGGUCAUGAGCAGGAAUGCCUGAGGCGAAGAGUUUUGAAGUCCCUCUCUGUAAACCCAAACUGCUCUGAGACAGCAGCAAAAGAUGCCAUGGAAGCCGUUUGGGAUACAUGUUACAAUGAUACGAGCCCGUUUGACAGAGCUCCGUGAGGUCACAGGAUCUACCAAUGAUGGCCUACUUUUUUGUUCCGGGUAUUUGCAUUUCUACUCAACAUUCUGGGGAGGAACGUUUUCAUUAUUUAUACCCGAUUCAUAUUUUUUGAGUCAAUGUGCAUGCUAUUGCACAGAUCCAGAAAUAAGCUAAACUAAACCCGGAUAAAAGCGCAAUGAUUUUUUUCAGAUCCAUCUGCCAUUUCUGUCUUAUAUCAGAUUUACUUUGUAUGCAAUGAUUUUAAUACAUUUGUUUAAUGUUUAGUAAGCUGCAUCUUA